AUGGCGCUUCGAAUGGUGGUGGUGGUGGUGGUGAUGGGCAAAAACCAAAGCGCGCGAGAACCAGCAAACCCAAGGUCAAGACGGGGUGUAACAACUGCAAGUAAGGGACAUCCUCCCGCUGUCAUCCCGCCAACGAGGUUCAAACUUCCCGGUGAUGCAUAUUGUUGUGUCUGUUGGUUGGUGGCGCUGACCCCUGUUCUCCACAGACAACGAAGGAUCAAAUGCGACGAACUUCGACCAGAAUGCUACAACUGCGUGAGAUCAAAAAAGAUUUGUUCCGGAUACCCUCCUCCUCCGCGCAGCGCCAGACCGUUUGAAGAAAUUAGAAUUGCACCAAAACCAAUUGCCGGUGCCGGUGCCGGUGCCGUUGCGGCCGCUCCCCCACCCGUUCGCGAUGCUCUUCAACUGCAGCCUCACCCACGACGGGUGGCCAAACAGCUCAAGCGGACCACAAGCCCCCUUACACCAGUAACACCUCAAGCGUUCAUGAUGCCAACAAUGCCAACCAUGCCGGCUUUGCCGAUUAACGUCUCGAUAAAUCUCCCAUUCACCGCCGAAGAAGGACUCUAUUUCCAGCUGUUCCGUGAGCGGACGGCAAGUGAACUCUCGGGCUUCUUCGACUCUGCCUUCUGGGCACGAAGCGUCCUGCAGGAAUGCCAUGGCGCAUCCGCCAUUCGGCAUGCGGUUGUUGCUCUCGGAGCCUUGUACAAAACUCUAGAUAAAACAAACGAGUCACCGCCGGGGUCACCAAGUUCAAACGCCAGCCCCUAUGAUAGUGCCAGGAGGCACUGGGAGAUGGCUUUCAGGCAGUACGCCAACGCUCUGAGCGCGCUAAUCAAGGCCGAUUCAGCAGAGUCCUCCAACAGGACGAGAUUGAUGGCGAGCGUGCUGUUGGCAUGCUUUGACUCGUUUGUUGGCGACCACCAGCAAGCUAUUGUCCAAAUCCAAAAUGGGCUUCGACUGUUGGAGAAGCUCCGCCAGGAACGGAGACGGGCAUUCUUACCCAAGCCUGAGGAGCCGGUGGAGGAAGAGCUCAUUCAGAUGUUCACUCGACUAGCCAUUCAAGCAAAAUCCUACGACAUGGCCUUCCAUUUUCCACAACCCUAUGUCGUCCGCCUGACCGCGGCUGCCCAAGACCCCAGCUCACCGGGCUCUGAGGGCGGCUCGCCCAUUUCAACUGACCAAGGUCCCGUCCCAGAGCGAUUCUCAACUGUGCAGGAAGCUCGUAUCGUAUGGGAUCGCCUUGUCGAGCGCAUCUUCCGCUUCACCGAGACUAUGUUUGUUGAGGCUCAACACGGUGUCAUGGGCAUCCUUCCAACCACGCUGGCGCAGCGCGGUAUGCGCUUCAAAAAGGAAAUGGAUGACUGGGCUCAUGCAUUCGAACACAUCCUUCAGUCCAGAACGGCACCGGGCGUGAGCAGCCAGGAAAAGGCAUGCAUUGCUGCAGUGAAGAUGCAUCAGAUCAUGAGUAGUAUUCUGUUUAUGAUGACAUUUUCCGACAGCGAGCUGCACUUUGACAAGUUCACGCCGGAUUUCAAGCACAUUGUGGAUCUCGCUCUGGAAGUUGUUGGUGACGAGGAAAGAAGAGCGGCAGCCAAGCGUUGCCCAGAUCAGAGAUUCUGUUACCACCAAAGCCGAUGCGAACCCGAUAUCUUUGGAGGCCACGAAUACGCCGCACGCCAUAUCAAGCCCAGCUUCAGCGCGGAUCUGGGUAUCGUUCCGCCGUUGUAUGUGGUGGCGACCAAGUGCCGUGACCCCAUCCUUCGACGGCAGGCCAUUCAGCUCCUGAGGAGCAGCGCCAGGAGAGAAGGCAUGUGGGACAGCGAGCUGACGGCACGCAUCGGGAUGUGGAUCGCCGAGGUAGAGGAAGAGGGUUUGUUUGCCCCCAGUGAUUUUACUCCGUCGCCCACCGGUUCGAGCCCUGUACAGCUGUACUCGCCCCGUCCGUCGACAAGCGGCAGUUCUUUGACGCCGCCGCCUUCUGCGACAUACAGCGGAGGCCGAUCGAGCCUCAGCCCUCAACCUGGGUUUGAGUACACAGACAGCCCGCCUAGUCAGAAUGGAUAUGCACGACAGUCGUCGCUUUCACCCAGUGUUUUGUCGGUGCAGAUACCGAAAAAGAUUGUGCCGGCAGAGAAGCGCGUCAUGGUCAGGGCAGUCGAGUUCAGCCUGCGUGACCGAUCGGCUACGAUACAACUGGGCUCGCGAAACCUCAGACUGGGGACACCGGAUUUGAGGACGAAAGUAACGAGGAUUACGUGGUGA